AUAAAUAAUUUUAAGUCUUCAGUUGUAGUAACGGUGCAUAACGACUGUUCAAGAAACAGUUAAUGCUUAACUCAAUUCAUAAUGAAAAGGAAUACCUAAUAUUUAGCCGCCCCUACGGCUGUUUCAUAGUGUAAACGGCGCUAAACGGCUAGAAUUUUUUAAAACAACAAUAGUGCGUGAAUAUGAGUAUUAGCUAGGUAGCUUUUCUCAAGCCUAAAUGCAAGGGCACUGUCAAAUAAUGCAGUCAACUUGCACAGCGAAAUUGGAAGAAACAUCGGAGGUGUUGGGACGGUGUGUCAGUAAUCUGCACCUUCCCUCUCCUUCAGGUGCAAAAGAGCUGAAAGUAGACACGCAAGGUCUUGCAAUAGAGUCGAACAGCAUUAAACAGCUACUAAAUGAGUUAAACAGACUUAACAAACAGAGGUUGAGCUUUCUGGAGCUGAAUACCGAUGCAACAAGCAAGGAACUGCUGCAGAAGAAAGUGAAUUUCCUGCAGUCCUGUGUGAAUGACCUGACAGAGCAGAACCACAUGCUUGUUCAGACAAUUGGGCAUCUGCAAUGGGAGGAUGGAUGCAAAGCUUCCAAUUCGGAAAUGAAGCCGUGCACGUCUGAUCACAUGAUGGACGUAUAUGACAGUGAUCUGAGGAGUUUGCCGGUUGCACCUGCGGCGUCCAUCACAUCCAAACCUCUCUUUCCCACUUCUCUCUCAGGACAGGAGGAGGAUAUGUCUCUUUUUCUUCAUAUUGACUUUCCCAGCACCGGCUCCAUGGUCCAGGUGGGAUCUGAUUCAGAAGACUUGGAAAUCCAGUUACAAACAAGUGAAUGCAUUUUGAACAAUAUCAGCAAGACCCUGGAUCAGACCAGAACCAGUCAGAACACAGACAGACAGCAAAGACAGAAGAUCCAGGAGCAGCUGCACAAUGCCAGUAAAGAGGUGGAGCGUCUGCAGCAGGAGCAAACACAUAUACGUCACUUCACUGAAAAAAAGUUACUUCGAAGAAAGGAGAGUUUGGCAAAACUGCACGACGAGAAGGAUGAGCUGAGAGCAAAAACAGAGGACCAAAGCAGAGAGUGUGUCCAUCUCAACCAGAUCAAAGAGAAACUGGAGGCUGAGUUGGCUUUGUGUCGAGAAAAACUGCACACCUCCCACCUGGAGGUUCGCAGCAGAGAUCAGUUUAUAAUUCAGCUUAGAAGUGAAAUGAAGACAGAUGAACAAAAGCAUCAAGAGACACAGAAACAGGUGACAGCGCUGGAGGAAGAGGUCAGAAACUUAAACUGCAAAGUCAACGCACACGAGGAAAAGGCCCAUCAGUUAAGUGAAAAGGUCAAAUGCCUUAGGAACCAAAAGGACAAAGAACAGCAGCAGCUACAUGAUCGGCUCUUUGUUAGUCAGGAACAGGUUGAGGCAUCUGGAGAGAAAGUAAAGAAGCAGAAGACUGAAAUGGACCUGCUUUGUCAGCAGUUGAAAAGAGCCAAUGAUGAGGUGAAAGAGGCCAGUUUAAAAAACAAGGAGCAGAAAGAAACCAUAGCAAUCUUCAAACAAAAGUACACUACAGCAAUAGACAAAUUGCAUAAGGUGCAAAGGCAGGUGGAACUCCUGGAAGAGGAACUACGAUAUUCACAGGAAAAGCUCAAAGAGUCGCAAUUAGCAACUCAGUUAGUGAAAGAAGAUCUAGCUGAGCUGGAGCCGCAGUACCAGUUCAAGGUGAGCCAGUGGGAGAGCUCGCAGGAAGUUCUUGACCAGUUGAUGGAUGAUCUCCAGGCCAAUCAGAACGAACUAAGAGAGAGUCAGCAAAAAGUGGACCUCUUCAAGAGCCUUGCAGGAUCCCUGCAGGAGCAGAUCGACAAACUCAAACAGCAGGCAACAAAUGAAUCAUCUUUAUUACGGAGAAAUUUAAUUUGGAUGAACUUAACUGCUGCCGCCAAGAAACUGAUGGUGGAGGGUGACCUAUGCGUCUAUAAGCAGAGCCAUUCUCAUUCUGAUGAGGACUAUCUCUGUCUUUCCAGGCUCAAAGAACAGCUACAGAAGGUCAACAUGAUGCUCCUCAAGCAGGCAGAGGAGCACCUGAAGGAGGCUAAACAAGAGUCUGUAAGGAGGAGUAAGGAGGUGAAUAUACAGAGAGGAGAGGUGCAGAGACUCCAGGAGGAGUUACAGUUGGACAAGGACAAGAUGAGGAGUGCCAUUAGAGAGAACCAGAGCCUGAGAACACACAGCAGGCAACUGAGGAAAGAGCUGGAUCAGCUAUACAGCAAGCACCAAGUUGCAGUGGAGGAGUUGGCAGCUCAUGCAGGGGAGGCGAGGCGGAUGGAGGGAUGCCUGAAUGACGGGAAGCAAGCGGAGGGGAAAAUGAGGUCGGUGGCUGUGAGGCUGCAGAAGGAGAUGGCAGAGCUCAGAGACAACCUUCAGCAGGCUGUUGAUCACAAACUCAAGGCAGAAAGAGAAAAAGAGACGGCUCAGGAGCUGGUGAAAACAGUCCGGUCAGAGCUGGAGAAGACACAGUCAGACAACGCAAAUCUUCGCUACGAGAGCCAGCUAGUCAUGACAAACGUCAACCUUUGGAUCACUGAACAAAAGGCUUCUAGUGAGAGUCUCGCUGCCCAGAUGAAGGUCCAAGACAAGCUGCUGCUCAUCAUCACUGAAGAGAAAGAACAGCUUCAGGUGGCUAAUGACAUGUUGAAGGCGGAGGUAAAGAGACUGAAAGAAGUGGCAGAUGAGAAGGAGAGAGACACGGAACGCUUCAAGGCCCAGAUCGGAGACCGGGGCACCCGGCAAGACGGGAAAACCACUGAAAAGAAGAGUCGUGUUGCUCGAAACCUCAACAAAAUCGAGGACAUGCAUUCCAGACUGCAAAGCAACCUGGAGGCCAUCGGUGUGCUAUAUCAACAAUUAAAUGUCGUCUCCAGGGAGAACAAGUGGUUGCGUAGGCAGCUGGAGGAAGAAAGGUCCAUGCGCGGCCAAGUGCAGCAACAGAUCUCACUUCCAUCCACCUCUCAGCACAGCUCCUCCAUACACCUCCCCCUCUCACUUAAUACCCGACCUCCUCCCAUCUCCACCUCCUCUGCCUCCUCUCAUGGCCUUCAUCAUCCUGCUAUCGUCGAGUCUGUGACAGGGGACACUGUUGGGAUUGUAACACAGGCUGAGCCAAGUGGAUCUGUGGUAGACAGAUCAGGUGAGUCCAAGGCUUUAGGUUAAGCAGUGCGGGACAUGCUAACCAGAGAGCCUGUCGUCUCCGCUUCCUGGAAGGAGCUUGGUCGGGGAGGACAGAAAGGCAUCUGGCCAAAUGAAGCCCCCUGAAGACUUUGACUUGUCAUGACUCUUUGAUCUUCAGCUUCUCACCAGGGAGCAGAUUCAGUAUGAGGUUAAUGUCCUGCAGGCCAGAGUCAAGUCCCACGGUUUUACUUUUCCCAAAGGAUGGGGGGGUGGGCUUGCAUAAAGAGAAUUAUUGCAAGAAAAUAUUUUUAGAAUUCAGAUUUUGAAUAUAUAUAUAUAUAUAUAUAUAUAUUCAAAAUCUGACAUCUGUUCUGAAAAUAUUUGAUAUUUCAGGACUCCAAGCAAAUAUAACAAACAUUCAAAAUUAUGUAUUCAAAUCAUGUUUUACAACAAAUAUGUAACACUGAGACUAAAAUACUUUUUUGUGUCUGCAGAUACUAAGCGAAUGAAUGCAAAACCUUCAUAUUAAAUAUGUUUUACACUGUAGAUUUCCUAGGGAUAAAUGAAGGACGUCACAUUGUCAGUAUUCACAGACAUGGGGCAGAUGUUGAUGUAAACGGCUGCAAUGCAGCCUCUGAUUACGCUGCAGCUGUUCGCCAUGUGUCCUGCAUCUGCUGCAGUCAAUGUAGCUGCGUGUCUUCAUGUGUGAGUACGUCUGUGCUUCAGUCUCAACAUGUGCCUGUGGGGAAGUGUGUGAUUGAGUGUAUUAGUUGUUUAAUGUCCUAGAUGUUGUUUAUAGUUUGGUUUAUAUUCUAAAACCUGUUAAUUGAUUGUUGUUUUCAACC